CAAAUAAGCUAUUCAGUUGCAUGACAAAGCGUGCUAGGAAAAAAAACAUUUUAAAUUACUUAAAGGGGCAUAUCAGUGCCAUCCAGACUGGUAUCUGAUUGGUAUAUCUCUUACGGCUUAAGAAGAAUAGUUAGCUUCUUUCUACAACAGUAAGGAAAUUAUGGGGAAAGUGGAAUGGAAGCCUUCAAAGAACUGGCUGCCCAAGAGGGUCUCUGCAUUGCUCACUCUGACAAGAUCUACAGCAACGCUGGGGAAAAGAGCUUUGAUCGCCUGCUCCGCAAGCUGCGAGAAAGGUUACCCAAGGCUAGAGUGGUGGUUUGCUUCUGUGAGGGAAUGACAGUGAGGGGGAUCCUCAUUGCCAUGAGGCGCCUGGGAGUGCUUGGGGAGUUCCUGCUAAUUGGAAGUGAUGGUUGGGCAGACAGAGAUGAAGUCAUUGAAGGUUAUGAACCUGAAGCAAACGGAGGCAUCACUAUCAAACUGCAGUCUCCAGAGGUCUUGUCAUUUGAUGACUACUAUCUGAAGCUGCGUCUGGACACCAACACCCGCAAUCCCUGGUUUCCUGAGUUCUGGCAGCACAGAUUUCAAUGCCGCAUCCCGGGGCACCCACUAGAGAAUCCCAACUUCCAGAAGAACUGCACUGGCAACGAGAGCCUAGAAGAAAACUAUGUGCAGGACAGUAAAAUGGGAUUUGUCAUCAAUGCUAUAUAUGCUAUGGCUCAUGGGCUACAAAAUAUGCAUCAUUCCCUUUGCCCUGGACACGUUGGGCUGUGUGAUGCUAUGAAGCCAAUUGAUGGCAGCAAGCUCUUGGACUUCCUUCUUAAAUCCUCGUUCAUCGGUAUUUCUGGAGAAGAAGUUUGGUUUGAUGAAAAGGGAGAUGCCCCUGGAAGGUAUGACAUCAUGAACCUGCAGUACAUAGAGCCCAACCGCUAUGACUACGUCCUCAUUGGGACUUGGCAUGAGGGUGUGCUGAACAUUGACGACUACAGGAUUCAGAUGAAUAAGAGUGGAAUGGUCCGAUCAGUGUGCAGUGAGCCUUGCUUGAAGGGCCAGAUUAAGGUGAUCAGGAAAGGAGAAGUGAGUUGCUGCUGGAUUUGCACUGCUUGCAAGGAGAAUGAAUUUGUUCAGGAUGAAUUCACAUGUAAAGCCUGUGAGCUUGGCUGGUGGCCGAAUUCUGACCUGACAGGCUGUGAACCCAUCCCUGUAAAGUAUCUCCAGUGGAGCAAUAUAGAGUCUAUUGUGGCUGUGGUCUUUUCCUGCCUGGGGAUCCUGGUCACCAUGUUUGUCACCCUUAUCUUUGUGCUCUACAGGGACACCCCUGUUGUCAAAUCCUCCAGCCGGGAGCUCUGCUACAUUAUCCUUGCUGGCAUCUUUCUGGGUUACGUCUGCCCUUUCACCCUUAUAGCUAAACCUACCACGACAUCCUGCUACCUCCAGCGCCUUCUGGUGGGUCUCUCCUCGGCCAUGUGCUAUUCUGCCCUUGUCACCAAAACCAACCGCAUUGCACGCAUCCUGGCAGGCAGCAAAAAGAAGAUCUGUACCCGCAAGCCACGUUUCAUGAGCGCAUGGGCCCAAGUGGUCAUUGCCUCCAUUUUGAUCAGCGUGCAGCUGACACUGGUGAUCACACUGAUCAUCCUGGAGCCCCCGAUGCCCAUCCUCUCCUACCCCAGCAUUAAGGAAGUUUACCUUAUCUGCAACACCAGCAACCUAGGCGUCGUGGCUCCUGUGGGCUACAAUGGACUCCUCAUCAUGAGCUGCACGUACUAUGCCUUCAAGACUCGCAAUGUGCCUGCCAAUUUCAACGAGGCCAAGUACAUUGCAUUCACCAUGUACACCACUUGUAUCAUCUGGCUGGCCUUUGUGCCUAUCUAUUUCGGGAGCAACUACAAGAUCAUCACCACCUGUUUUGCAGUGAGCCUGAGCGUGACAGUGGCCCUGGGGUGCAUGUUCACUCCUAAGAUGUACAUCAUCAUAGCCAAGCCUGAGAGGAACGUCCGCAGUGCCUUCACCACCUCAGAUGUGGUGCGUAUGCAUGUCGGGGAUGGCAAGGCACCUUGCAAGUCCAACACUUUCCUCAACAUAUUCCGGAGAAAGAAGCCAGGGACUGGAAAUCCAAAUUCUAAUGGAAAGUCUGUGUCAUGGUCUGAACCAGGUGGAAGACAAGCUCCCAAGGGGGAACACAUGUGGCACAGACUCUCAGUGCAUGUGAAGAGCCAGGAGACAGGGUGCAAUCAGACAGCGGUGAUCAAACCCCUCACUAAAAGCUACCACGGCCAAAGCAAGAGCCUGACUUUUACCGACAUCAGCAGUAAGACUCUGUACAAUGUGGUGGAGGAAGGAGAUAGAGAGCCCAUUCACCUCAACCAGCCUGGCAGCCCCUCCAUGGUGGUGCACAGACGGGUGACCUCAACCCCUCCACUGCAGGCCACAACAGAGGAGACCCACCUAUUCUUGCCUGAGCAGCCCCCCAAGACCCUGCCCCUGCAGCCGAGGUCUCUCAUGGACCAGCUGCAAGGAGUGGUCAACAAGUUUUCCACCGGCAUCCCCGACUUCAACGCUGUCCUCCCUGCUCCUGGCCUGGGGAACGGUGUGCGUCCCCCUUACCAGCCCCCUCCGCCAGAGCAACUGCCCCUGCCACCUCUCCAGGUGUCCACCUUCAGCGAGGAGCCCCUGUCUCCUCCAGCUGAGGAAGUGGAGAGUGAGAAGCUGAAGCUCAUUCAGGGAUAUGUCUAUGAGAAGAACCCAGAGGAGGAGGAGGAUGAGGAGCCGGCGACCAGCAAACUGACUCUGGAAGACUCUCCGGCGCUGACGCCUCCAUCCCCUUUCCGGGAUUCCGUGGCUUCGGGCAGCUCAGUGCCCAGCUCCCCCGUCUCAGAGUCGGUGCUCUGCACCCCCCCAGAUGUGACCUAUGCCUCUGUCAUCCUGAGGGAUUAUAAACAGAGCUCGUCCACCCUGUAGAGGCUGCAAGAGACAAGACGAGAAGGAAUUUGGCAGCUGCCUGCUGGGAUGUCCUGGGGAGACAAGUCUCCCAGGGCUGGGGGGAGAGAGAGCAAAGAACAAAGUCACAUAUGACAGAGCAAAAAUUUCAUCCUGAACUUCAGUAAAUAAAAGGAAAGAAAAAAAACAUCCAUUCUGAGGGCUCAAAAUUCUCUAGCUGUUAAAAAUAAAAAUACUGUACUUUGAGAAAAUGAUAGGAAACCAUAACAAAGCACAAACCCAAGAGACAACUUCUAUAGCAAAAAAAUGAAUAAACACACAGGACAAAAAAAUAAUAACCACACUUAGUCACACCCUCUCUUGGCAAUGCUUGAAAAGGACUCUGGGAAGUGUGACCUGGAGAAGUCAUUAGCACAUCUCAUGACUGCUGUCUGUCUGCUGCAGAAGCAACACACCCAGGAGUUGGAAGGGCGGAGUGUGGUGAGGAGGAAAGAAACUACUUGUAUAUGAGACAUAUAUUUUUUCCUGGUUUCCAUAGGUGGUAUAACUGCAUAAUGUGUUUGGGGGAGAGGAGCUGAGAUAAUCUGAAAGCACAUGGCUCUUACUGACUUUUGUCUGAACAAUUUGUUCUUCGUACUAGGCUGCUUUUUGGGGAGAUCUGGGCUUUUUUUAAUACUGAUUGUGAACAGAGCAAGAAAUAUGAUCAAGUAAAGACUCAAGAGGUUUCUGAAGAAAGCCCUUGAUGUAGUACUUGUAAUAUGAUAAGGACUGAGAAAAACUGCCCUUUUGUAUAAGAUUGCAAACCACGUGGCUAAACUGUUACACAACAUUUCCUGUAGCAGAACAAUAUUUAUUGACUAACUUUUCAUAAUACAACAUAUUUGCCAUGUGAUUACAUCAUUCCUUUGUGUUACUUUGGAAUCAAAUACAUUGGAAAAUAGCUGUAUACUUAGAGCAACAACUAUUAUUCUGAAAGAAAGGCAGUUCCAUGCUGUGGGUUAUAGAGUCAGUCUUGAACUAAGAGAGUGAGCGUACGUUUGUGUUUCUGUAUGCGUGUGUAUGGUAUGUGUGAAGCGUAACGUCCAAUAACUACCGCUGGAAGAUUGUCGUAUAUACUAUGAAUAUUUUUAUGUUUAAAUCAUGUUUUAUAUCACAUUGUUACAAAUAUUCAAUAGAUCUUUGGAGGUUUGUAUGCUGUGCUAACACAUCUUUUUCAUAUACAAGCUGAGACAAUUGUUACCCUUAUAAUAGGGUGCUUUAUUUUGCAGAUAUUUUAUGAAGUAGACAUAUGGUAUUAAUAAACCAGUGCAUUGAAAACUUGUUAUUUUACAUGUUCACAGCAAGUGUGGUUAACAAAAAAAAAAA